UUUGUCCAGCCCCACGUAGGUGUAAUGCGGCGGCACCACACCGUGCCGUCAGGCUUACCCCUCUUUUCCUGUAUCAGGGACUCUGACGCUGAGACAGAGGAUGCCUGCAGGAUCCUGCUCGGUCCUCAGGCUUGUGCACCCGGAGCUACUGGACAAGUACUUGCCACUACAGGGGCUUGGAAGCCAAUGGGGAGCACCCACAGCAAAGGAGAAAGUCGGAUCACUCUGGCUGCAAUGUCGAUGGAAAAGGGGCAGGAGCGGAGUAAGGAGCCAAAUUGGGAAGCUUUGGCAAUAAUCCUGAGCAGAGCUGGGGUCCCAGAGAGGCAGAGAGCAGGGCACCCAGGAGACCUUGGGCCAGCACUGCCUGCGCACCGGGAAGAUGAAGACCUCCGUGGUGGUCCUCUCCUUCCUCCUCAUCCUUGCUGCCCACGCCGCUGCUGGUGACUUGACCAAGCUUUCUCACAGGUUGUCAGACCUGCUGUCGACACAGGAUCAUCAUUAUCACAUACAAUCUCAUGGACAAGGCUUUCACCGUCCCACUGACUGCUGCCUCUCCUACGCCUCACGAAAUAUCCGAUGUGUGUUCAUGAAAGAUUAUUCAAUAACGACCAGUGGGUGCUCCCGGCCUGGUGUCAUCUUCAAAACCAAGAGAGGGCAGAGUGUCUGUGCCGACCCCAGUAAGGAGGAUGUUCGGAAAUGCAUGGCGAGUCUGAAGCUGGACUCCGUGAUAUAGAACCUGGAAAGACUACUGCUUGAGAAGGAGCCAGCCACCUCACCUCCAUCUCUCUUGCCUCGACCACCUCCUAGAAAUUUCCUGGCCUGAAUUAUUUUUAAAAAGCACCCAUUACUGUUCUGUUCUGGUUACAUAAGUAAUACAUUAAUAAAGAGUAACCAAUUUAACUUUA